AUGGGAGCAGUAUUGUCCUUGUUCGCCGUCGUCGCCGAUGCAGCCAGGGUGGCCGCGCAAUGGAGGUUAAUCCCACCAGACGCCGCCCCCGCUGUCAGCGACCAGCAUUGGUGUGACCUGCCAGACGACCUCUUGUUCACCAUCAUGUCGGCGCUGGACGUCCCCGAUCUCCGGCGCUCCGGCGCGGUCUGCGCGUCCUGGCGGCAAGCCCACAAAGCCUUCAACCUCGCCGCCCUGGAAAAGGCUCCGUGCCUCCUCUAUGCCUGCGAGCAGUACGGUCCCAACGACGUCGCACUUUACUGCCCCACCGCCGACGCCACCUUCCGGGUCCCCUUCCCGGGGCAGCCCCACUAUAAGCGGGGCUUCACCUUCUCUUGUUCCGGCGGCUGGGUGUUCACCACCGACGAGGUCGGCAACCCAUACCUCCUGAACCCCCUCACCGGUGUCCACGCCACGCUCCCUCCAAUGAAGACCAUCUACGACAGAGCCACCUACUACGACGACCAUGGCAAGCAUGUCUGGAAAGCUAACCCCGACGGCGGUGGCUUAGACAGCUAUAGUUGGGCCCGACAUGACUUGUAUCUUCGCGUCGCCAUCUCAUCCGCUGCCAAGGUGACGGAAUGCGUCGUCUUGAUCGCGCACUACCCAGAUCGUAGGCUCUCCUUCGCCAGGCCUGGAGAUGAAGACUGGACGUUGCUCAACGAGCAUACGCGCACCGUCUGCGACGUCCUUUACAAUGACAAUGAUGGCUUGUUCUACAUUCUCUAUGCUCGUGGUUCCAUCUCUGCAUUAGAUCUCAGCGGGCCUGCACCAUCACCGACCACCACGAUCCUGCCCCGCAUGCUAGAUGCGCCCAGGUUCUGUGACAUGUACCUCGCCAUUGGGCCAUCAGGCCAACUCCUGCAGGUCUGGAGGGAACACAAAGAUACUCCAGACAGCUGGGAUGGGUACACUUACGAAGACAUCGUGGGCGGGGCAUGUGAAGGCUGCGUAGAUUUCGCAGGCGAAAAUGACAACGAUGUCAAGUCAAGGGCCGAAGACAUAGACGAAGAGGAAGACGCACCCUACCAAGUUGACACGGCCGACCAAGAGAUUGAUGCAUCGCAACUGCUCCGCGAAGGCAUGGACAUGCCACAUCGGCUUUUGUACGAGGUCGCCACGAAUGAGCUCCUGGUCUUGGAGGUCGAUACUGAAGAGGACAAGUUGGUGGAGCUGAGGGAUAUUGGAGACUACGCGCUCUUCCUCGGGCUCAACUCCGCCGUGUGCAUUCCGACUAAGCAUUUUCCCGUGUUCCAACCAAAUUGUGCCUACCUCACCGACGAUUGCACUAUCUACACAGCCCAAUGCUGCGAAAAGACCUUGGCGUUUGGAAUAUCAAGAAGAGGACUAUGCAAAAACUUGCCGGCGUGUUGCCGAACCUGCAUCCUUGGCUACAUUUACCGGCUCCAAUCUGGAUCAUGCCCAAGUUUUAACUUUUUAUUUGUGGAUAUUGAGCAAAGCCAAAGUUAA